CCGCCAAAUAUUCGAUUUCAAGUUGCCUUGUUUCUUCCCUGCACCACCACCACCUUCUCCACGGCAACCGACAGCAUGGCCGAUACAGCAGUGGAAGAUAGCACCAUCAACAACCCUGACAACCUCACCAAACUCAAGACCGCCUCCACUAUUUCGGAGAAAGUCCUCGCAGAAGUGACAGGAUGGCUGGCUGACGGCGAGAACAUCAUUUCUCUAUGCGAAAGAGGCGACAAGCUCUUGGAGGAGGAGAUCGCAAAGGUCUACAAAGGAAAAAAGAUCCAAAAGGGAUCUGGCUCUCCAGUAACCAUCUCUCCAUCCUCCCAUGUGACUCCUUUCACUCCUCUCACCUCGGACGCGGAAGAUUCAAGCACCACCAUCAAAGCUGGGGAGGUUGUGAAGGUCCAGUUGGGCGCACAGAUCGAUGGAUUCGGCUCAAUCAUUGGAAGCACCGUGGUCGUACCCAAAGAAAAGGGACAAAAGGCGGAUAUCACGGGCCGUGAAGCUGACCUUCUUGUUGCUACACACUAUGCCAACGAACUCCUGUUGAGACUGCUGCUACCACCUGGCCUAUUGGCCUCUGGAACCGAGGAGGAAAAGAAGAAGGCUGCUGCGGUCAAAGCCCCCAGCCAUAGCAAGAUCUCCAGCCUGAUUGAAAAGGUGGCCAAGGCCUACGAUGUCAAUGUCGUCCAGCAUACCACAUCGUGGCAGUUUGAACGCAACGAGAUUGAGGGCAAGAAGAAGAUCAUCCUCUCUCCCGUCGACGGUGCCAAAGGCGAAGGAAAUCCGGAAGUGGGCGAGUUCUGGGGUAUAGAGCUAGGUUUGAGUCUGGGUUCGGGCAAGGUCAAGGACCUCGACAAACGAUCGACUCUCCUUCGACGAACAGCUACGACUUAUGGCUUAAAGCGUCCAUCGUCGCGCCAAGUCUUGUCUGAGAUUGUCAAGAAAUUUGGCACAUUCCCUUUCAGCAUUCGACAAUUGGAAGACGAAAGGGCUGCAAAGGUUGGUGUCGUUGAAUCAAUUAGAGCCGGCGUCCUUCGAGAAUACAAGCCUGCCGCUGAAGCUGAUGGCUCACCUGUGUCACGGUUGUUCACCACAAUUGGUAUGUCGUCAUCAGUCUUUACUUAAGCUCUCCAACUAACUCCAUUCUAGCCGUCACCAAGAAUGGAAUUACUCGUCUAGCAGCCCCACCGGCGCUGGACCUGGAGAGCGUCAAGUCUGACAAGAAGAUUGAGGACGAAGAGAUCCUGAAGAUCUUGGAACAGCCACUCUCAAAGUCAACCGGUGCCAAGAGCAAGAACAAGAAAAAGAAGAAGAAGCCCGCAAAGAAGACUGAAGAUGAUGACGAUGAUGAUAGCGACGAUGAAUAGGGCAGUCUCAAGUCGACAUGCUCACCUUGUUCUCUCAUUUGCCAUUAAGGCAGCCUCUCGUCUUUCACUGACUGUGAAGACUUGUCCGGGUGUGACAGGCAGACCUUGGGUAUGAAAAGGUCUGGUUAGGCUAAAGCUGGCGAGAACCGUUGGAUUGGUUGACACUACUGAUGGUCAGACAAAGAGAAGUUCAAUCUCAGGAUGAGCCAUUGGUGGUCACCAAACCUAGGAAUUCACCCCUCGCAGGCCCUCACUGGGAAAUGAGGGAAGUCGCUGUGUGUAGAUGAACAGAUUAAACAUCAAUGCACACCGAGAACUUUAUGCCCCAGCGAGAAGAAACAAGUGUUGUGUUUAGUGUAGAUUGCACGUUGCGUUUCUUGGGAUUGAAAGGGAAAAGGGGGGGCUGAAGGUGCCUCGGACUUGAGCAACAAGGCGAGGCGGGCUACCCCUAGAAUUUGCCACGUCAGAAUGGCCACAUAAGAGACCAGGUGAUGAAAGCGAACAAAACACAGUAUGAGUCUCAUAAACAGGCAACCAUCUGUAGUAUGAGAUUGAGGGAACGUGAUUUGUAGUGUAUGUGGUGAUAUGUCAUCCACUGUGAUUCAUAUCUCUAAGUAAGUGGUUGACUGUGGUGGCGAUAGGGUGCCCCCGGAAGUAACGCCAUGUUUAUACGCAGCAGCAGCAGCAGCAGCGGGCGUAGGCCAAGAAGCCGAAAGGGUACUCAGCCUUGGGAUCGAGGGGGUUUUAGGGGAGCCUACGUGGUGCCUAGUUUCGCUAUAGUGCCAACCAAUGAUGCUUGAGCUGGGCUGGCUCCGGCCCCCUUGC